AUGAACUGUUCUUGGGAACAAAUACGAAGGGAAAUUAGAGCUUAUCGUAGUUCUGUUAACCCUUCCAACAUCGCGAAUAUUAAAGAUUUCUGCUUUGAUGAGAGAAAUAACCGCGCUUAUUUUCUAGCAACCGAUCCUUCGCGAAUGAAAGCCUCUACUUUAUUUAUGGUUGACUUACCACCUUUAAAAUGUAAAAAAGAAAAGGUCGAAUUAUCUAAUAAAUUUCGUGACUCUACAUUCAGCUUUACUAAUAACAAAUUUUAUGCGAAAGAAUUUUCUUUCACUUUUUGUUCAUCGAUAUCACAUGAUACAUCUGCUCACUCUGAAUCUAUCAAACCAUCGAGUUUGGACAAUUUUUCUUUCAUGGAUUUGUCGUCUGUGAAUAAUAAAACGCCAUUUAAAUCGCAUCAAUCUAGUGCAUUACCAAAAAUACCUACUGUGGAAUGGAAACCAUUACUUCCAGAAUCAUGUCUAAAAGAAAAACAUUUUUCAGAGACGUUAUCUCGGGAAGAAAUGUUUGUAAAAGAGCGAAGGAGGUUAGCUUUACAGGGAAUCACUAGCUAUCAAUUUGACUCUCGAAGUGGUCAGAUAUUAUUCAAUUACGGGAGUGGGAUUUAUUUGGGACAUGUUAGCAAG